GUUUCUUCUUCUCUUCAUUAUCCUCAAAGUCGCUGGAGAGUGAGUGAACUCAUCCUCUAACUUCUUCCGCCAUAGCCACAAAUGCUUAGUCUCUCAAUUGCAACGCCGGGGACGGCGGCGAUUUUCCGUAGAGGAACUGCUUCGUCGACUUCAACUUCGUCCUCGUUCCAUGGUGUAAGAAUCCAGCAGCAGGUUUCUGCUCGCGUGCCCGCGGCGGCGGCGGCGGUGGUUUCGUCGUCUCGUAAACCGGCGGUGGUGAUGAUGUCGAAAAGAGAGGCGGAAUUGAAAGAGAUAAGAUCGAAGACUACGGAGCAGUUACAAGAGGAGGUUGUUGACCUUAAAGGAGAGCUUUUUAUGCUCCGUCUUCAGAAAUCGGCGAGGAACGAGUUCAAAUCUAGUGACUUUCGUCGAAUGAAGAAACAAGUAGCGCGGAUGUUGACGGUAAAAAGAGAGAGGGAGAUCAAAGAAGGGAUAAAGAAAAGGUUGUCGAGGAAACUUGACCGGCAGUGGAAGAAAAGCAUUGUACCAAGACCACCUCCUUCUCUGAAGAAGCUUCAAGAGGAAGAAGCUGCAGAAGAAGCAGCUGAAGCUGCCAAAUCUGCUUGAUAACCACACCACCAUCUAUUGUCUCUCUGUCUCUCUCUCUAUUGUAUUUUAAACCUCGAGAUUGUUUGUUUACUCCCCUGUUGCUAUUGUUGCUGAACCAUCUUGUUUUUGUUCUUCCUCUUUUUUGUUUAUUGUAAACAUGAAUGAAGUAGUUUACAUGAAUUUUCAGUAAGUUUAAUUA